CGGCCGGGCUGGGCUGGGCUGGGCACUGUACGGCGCGGUGCGCUCGGAGCACCAUGAACCGCUUCAAGGCGUCCAAGUUCCGGCACACCGAGGCCCGGCUGCCCCGUAGGGAGGCCUGGAUUGGGGGUAUCCGAGCAGGCUCCGUUACAUCCUAUGGGAACAACGUGAAGGCCAGCUGCCGUUGGAUUGCAUUCAAUGCCGAGGCAUCAGGUGUGCUGGGCAUCGUAGCACUGGAGUGUGAGGAUGGAGGCGAGAGGACUGUGUCUCAGCUGUGCUGCCACUCAGAUGUGGUGACAGACUUUGAUUUCUCACCCUUUGAUCAGCUCCUCCUGGCUACUGGCUCUGCAGAUGAGACAGUGAAGGUGUGGCGCCUGCCCCAGAGCGGCCAGAACAUGCCCAGCAGUGCGGGGCUGACCCUGGGGCCCGGGGAGGGGCCAGUGGACAUGCUGCAGUUCCACCCGACAGCGGAUGGCAUCCUGGCCAGUGGCACAGGGAAGAGAGUCACCAUCUGGGACAUGGAGCAGCAGCAGCCGCUGACAGUGCUGGACUCACACAGGGACCAGCUGCAGAGCCUGGCUUGGAAGCGAGACGGCCGCCUGCUCGGCACCUCCUGCAAGGACAAGAAACUGCGGAUCUUUGACCCACGAGUCAGCCCAGCUGCUUCCCAGAGUGCCCUGGGACAUGAGAACAACAAGGACUCCCGGCUGCUUUGGAUGGGCUCCAGCGAUUGCCUCAUCUCCAUCGGGUUCAGCCAGAUGCGGGAGCGGGAGGUGAAGCUGUGGGACAUGCGGCGAUUCAGCGGGGCAAUGCUCACCGUGGCGCUGGACACCUCGCCCGGGGCGGCCAUCCCACUGUAUGAUGCCGACACAGGGCUGCUGGUGAUGGCAGGGAAGGGAGAAAACCUCCUGUACUGCUUUGAGGUGGCAGCUGUGCAGCCUGCGCUCACCCAAGUGACCCAGUGCCGGACAGAGGGCAGCACACGGGGCCUGGCUGCUGUGCCGCGCCUGGCCCUGGAUGUCAUGGCCUGCGAGGUGCUCCGUGUCCUGCAGCUCGCCGACACCGCCCUCGUCCCUGUCAGCUACGUGGUGCCACGCAAGUCUGUCCAGGACUUCCAUGAGGAUCUGUUCCCUGACUGCACCGGGACUCUGCCAGCCAACAGUGCCCAGGCCUGGUGGGCAGGGGACAGCCAGCAGGUGGGCAAGGUCAGCCUGCACCCAGCACAGAGACCCACCGAGAUCUUCACCUCACCCAUCAUUGCCUGUACCCGGCUGCAGGCAGCCAACAUCAGCCCCACAGCUGACACUGGCCCUAUCAACACCAACACCGACACCAACACUGACCAGAGUGAGGGCAGUGGCUACUCCUCACCAUCCUCGUUGGCCUCACCGGGCAGUGCCACCACCUCCCUCUCAGCCAGCACCGGCCCCUCCAGCGGCUUUGCCAGCAGCCCCAGCCAGAAGUCACUGCAGAGCAUUUUGGGGCCCAGCUCCCGCUUCCGGCACGCACAGGGAAGGGUGCUGCACCGCGACACACACCUCACUAACCUGCGGGGGCUCAGCCUCACCACGCCAGGCGAGUGUGAUGGCUUCUGCGCCAACCACCACCGCGUCGCCUUGCCCCUGCUCUCCGCUGGUGGCCAGAUCACCAUCCUCGAGCUCUCCAAGCCCGGCCGUCUCCCUGAUGCAGCCAUACCCACCAUCCAGAACAGUGUGGCUGUGACUGACCUAUCCUGGGACCCCUUCGACCCACAGCGCCUCGCUGUUGCGGGUGAAGAUGCCAAGAUCCGGCUGUGGCGAAUCCCAGAGGGAGGGCUGCAGGAGACACUGCAGGAGCCUGAAGCUAUCCUCCAAGGUCACACGGAAAAAAUCUACUCCAUCCGCUUCCAUCCCAUGGCAUCCGAUCUCCUGGUUUCUUCCUCGUACGAUAUGACAGUGCGGAUCUGGGAGCUGAGCACUGGGCAGGAAGCCUUGUGCCUGCAGGGACACACUGAUCAGAUCUUCAGCCUGGCUUGGAGCCCUGAUGGGAAGAAGCUGGCAACAGUUAGCAAAGAUGGUCGGUUACGGCUAUAUGAGCCACGGUGCAGCCCUCUGCCUCAACAGGAGGGUCCAGGUCCUGAGGGGGCCCGUGGAGCACGCAUCGUUUGGGUUUGUGGUGGCGACUACCUCCUGGUGUCUGGCUUUGAUAGCCGCAGCGAGAGGAGGAUCCUCCUGUACCAGGCACAGGCUCUGCGAAAGGGACCCUUGUCUGUCCUUGGCCUUGACGUGGCCCCUUCCACCCUCCUGCCCUUCUACGAUGAGGAUACUAGCGUUGUCUUCCUCACUGGCAAGGGUGAUACCAGAGUCUUCCUCUAUGAGGUGAUGCCCGAGCCACCCUAUUUCCUUGAGUGCAACAGCUUCACCUCCAGUGAACCCCACAAGGGCUUUAUCUUCCUGCCCAAAACGGUGUGUGAGGUCCGGGAGGUGGAGUUCGCCCGGGCACUGCGCCUUGGGCAGAGCACCCUCGAGCCUGUGGCUUUCCAUGUGCCACGUGUCAAGAAGGAGUAUUUCCAGGACGAUAUCUACCCGCCGACCCGUGUCUGGUGGGAACCGGCCCUCAGCGCCAGGGCCUGGCUGACGGGGGAGGAUGGGCAGCAGCGUCGCACCAGCCUGCAGCCCGCAGACAUGACGCCAGUGAGCCAGGCCCCAAAAGAGGCCCCAUUGCGGAAGUUCGUCCCUGCGUCCGUGUACCUGGAGGAGAAGUCUGAUGAGCAGAAGAAGGAGGAGCUCCUGAGUGCCAUGGUGGCCCGGCUGGGCAACCGGGAAGACCCACUGCCGCAGGACUCCUUCGAGGGGGUGGAUGAGGAUGAGUGGGACUAGGCCGGACCCCGGCACCCCGCGGACCACGCCGGGGACCCCCGCCUGGGCCCGGGGGCGAGGACGCAAUGCAGGACGAGGGGCGGCGAGGCCCGUCCCGGCUGAGGGGAGGCCGGCAGGGACCGCACCAGACCCCGCAGCUGCGAUGAACCCCGUGCCCGCCGCGGGCAGGCCCCACUAUUAAAGCCGCUGGCUCAGCA